UGGUUGAAAGUUUGGCAAAGGUUUAUGAACAAAGAGAAGAGAAGAAUGAUACAUUGAUCAUUUCUGAAAGGGAAAAGUAUUGGGGAAGUUUGUGUGGAUCACCGUAACUAUCAUACCAUUUUUGUUUUCAGUUUGCGACAGUCAUUUAACCCAAGCUGAUAAUGGCCACGUUCAACCUCAGCAGCUUCAAUCCAGGCUUUUUCAUCCUCCUGGGAAUCCCAGGGCUGGAGCAGUUCCACAUAUGGAUUGGGAUUCCCUUCUUUAUUAUCUACCUUGUGGCCUUUGCCGGCAACAGCAUCCUCCUCUACCUCAUUUUUAUGGAGCGCAGCCUGCACGAGCCCAUGUUCUUUUUCCUCUCCAUGCUGGCUGCUACAGAUCUCAUCCUAUGUAAUACAUGUGUUCCCAAAACCUUCAGCAUCUUUUGUCUGGGUCCUCAGCAGAUCACGUUUCCUGGAUGUCUUACUCAGAUGUUUUUCCUCCACUUCAGCUUUGCCAUGGAUUCUGCUAUCCUGCUGGCCAUGGCAUUUGAUCGAUAUGUUGCUAUCUGCUUCCCCCUAAGAUACACCACCAUCCUCACUCAUCGGAUUAUCACUAAGAUUGUGGUGGCAAUUGUCAGCAGGAGCUUUUGUAUCAUCUUCCCAUGUGUGUUCCUGUUAAAGCGAUUGCCUUUCUGCCGAGCGCUCAUCGUUCCCCACACAUACUGUGAACACAUAGGCAUUGCUCGUCUGGCCUGUGCUGACAUCUCCAUCAAUAUCUGGUAUGGCUUUGCGGUACCUAUAAUGACUAUUAUGUCAGACCUGAUCCUCAUUGGCAUUUCCUACACUGUUAUUCUUCGUGCUGUCUUUAACCUUCCCUCCCGGGAUGCCCGCCACAAAGCCCUUAGCACAUGUGGUUCCCAUGUUUGUGUCAUUCUUAUAUUCUACACACCAGCCAUAUUCUCUGUACUUGCCCACCGUUUUGGUCACAAUAUUCCCCACUCUUUUCACAUACUGUUUGCUAACCUCUAUGUAGCCGUCCCUCCAGCCAUCAACCCAAUCAUCUACGGGGUAAAGACCAAGCAGAUUCGGGACAAAAUCAACCUCCUGUUCUUCCCCAAAGCAAACCCUUGAUGUGGCACUGAGUGCUUGGGAAAG